UUCCUUCCCAGUCUCCACGGCUAAACCAGGGCACCAGUCCAUCUCGAUCUUCUCCCCAGUCCCCAGUGGCCCAGUCCCGUUCAUCUCUACAGGUGUUGGAUACUUGGAUUGGAUUCGAGUGCUCUGGAAUAUAGUUGUUAGUUGUUUGCCUUGUUCAAAGCCUGAAAUCUUCCAGUUUUGUCCAUGUUUGGGCGUAUGGCUGUUUGCCUUGUUCAAAGCCUGAAGCCAUGUCCAUGGACGUAUAGGCGUAUGGCUGUUGCCUGUUUAUCCACUGCAGUUCAAAGUCCGAAGCCAUGUCCAAACCCUAAUCUCCCUCCCAUCUUGAUCUCGCGUCGCAUUGGCGAUGUAUCCUGUUCCCGGCUUCCGGCGGCUCGACGGCGAUGAGCGGCUCCGUGCAUCAGUGAUGCCGCGUCACGGUGGCCAAGACGUGCGGGCCGUGGCUGCAGCGGCGGUGCGCCGCUCGGCAUCGGCGAGCCACACUGCGCAUCCGCGAUUCCACACCAAGUUGGACAAAGGCGGCGCAAAGAACAUGCAUCCAUGGAAGUCCAAUCAACCAUGUAGAUUUCACCGAGUUUUUUGUGCUUUUGUUAGGUGCCCAAUUGUCUAAAUUUCUACAACUCAGAUGAGACCAAAACUCCUACUCCAAUAUCUAAUCAGAUUUAGUCCCAUAAGUUGUCUGAGUUAUUGUUUGGUCCAUCAGUCGCCUUCUAUAGCACCGAAAGCACCCCCCGUAUUUUGCGGGGGGAAACGGUGUUCUUUCGGGGCUACAGAUUAGCUUAUUACCUCCAUGGGUAAAAGAAAGCGGUCGUUGUGUCAACAAGAUAACCAUAAUGAUUCUCUAGCCAGCAAAAUAAUGAGAACUAGAAUCCCAGAUCUUCCUGAGGUUGUUGAUGCACCAAUGCUGCCUACCAAAUUCCUCUGUCUUAAGCACCUGAUCGUUCGCUUGUCAUUAGGAACAACCAUUACCCAGGCAUUUGACUAUUUCUCUUUGGUUUCUUUCCUUGAUGCGUCUCCUUCCUUGGAGACUUUUAUAUUAAAUGUGAGUGAGAAAGGCAUGAUCCAUGAAUCAAUUUCUGCGCAUCCACAAUUGAGGCACACACCUGAGCACCACCAUGGCCACCUCAGGAGUGUGAAGAUAUGUGGUUUCAGCUCUGAGAAAAGCUUAUUUGAACUAACACGUUAUAUUCUUGAGAAUGCGGUGUCACUGAAAUUUCUUACACUGGACACCUUUUAUGGGGAUCGGUGUGGUCAGGGUAAGUGUACAAGUUGUUUACCCACGCCUGAUGUUUUUAUGGAUGUUUCCAAAGCGAUCUCAGGUAUCAAGACAUACAUCGAGAACAAAGUUCCAUCCACAGUUAAACUAACUGUUCUGGAGCCUUGCAGCCGGUGCCAUGUUAGAAGAGUAAUUUAGACACCAUCCUAGUCAUGCUACGUCACUUCCAUUUAAUUUAAUUUAAUUUGAGAAGAACCAUGCUUGUUUCCUGGAUUAUUUAUAGCUGUGUCCCGAUGCACAGCAAAUUUAAUCUCUGAUGAUGGACCGUGCUUGUGUUUCCUGAAUUAAUACAUGCCAACUGUUUAGUUUUGUAGUAUGGCAUGUGGAUUUAUUUAAGACAAGUUGACAAAUCUUGUGUAUUCGGUCCGAUGCUGAUAUGUUAA